AGCCUCUGAUUAAACGGUCAACAACAUUGAGGGCGCACGGAUUCCUCGCCUCAGCUGAGUAGGCGCUACCGACUUCCUUCACGUCACCCCGCCCGUCUGCCUGCCGUCUCCUCCCUUCCCUUAAACCUUUGCUGCGACCAUCCCUCUGAGCGACUCUGGACUGAGGGGGAAAAAGAAACUGAGAGAGACAGAGGGGAGAAAGUGUGUGAGAGAGAAUUACAUGCAGACUCCAAACAUCACCUAGACUACCUGCUCCAUCCAACACAACAAGGAGGAGGAGGACGCACAAGUGCAGGCGCGUACAUGCGUGCCAGCCCAACAAGACAAUAAGCGGGCAAAAGGACCACAAAUCCAAAAAAUUGGACUAAGAGUUUAUCUUGAGAACUCUUUGGAAGAGAGAACAACUUUGGCUACAAGAACAAAGACAGCCUAAAUGAGUACCUGGUAAGAAGAACCAUGCAUCUCAACAGAGAAGAAGAUAACAGCAAAGGCUCAGUGUCUCUAAGUGUGUUCCUGGUGUCUGUUGCAUCUGUAGUAUGUGCCGUUUGGCUGGUAGCUCUAUGUGGCGUCUGCACCUGGUGUCAACGUAAACUGGGAAAGAGGAAUAAGCCUGGGAUGGAGACUGCCAGCUCUCCAGAUUCUGUGAGAGGUCGAGGAGAAAACAAAGCCAUCAACCACAAUGAUUUGGACAGAGACUUUUGGAAUAACAAUGACAGCAGCAAUGUGCAACAGAGAUGGAGCUCCUAUCCGCCGAAGGAGUUCCUCUUAAACAUGUCUCCCUAUGCUCCCUACGGAGACCCUCGCCUCACGCCCAAUGGGGCUGUGGAUAAGGGUGGGCAGUAUGGUGCUGGACCCUCACCAGGGGCAAGUGACAGCGGGGGUGGUUCUUGCUCAGGGGCAGGGCCCAGUCGCAGUGACAGCGUUCGAAGCAUGGUGACGGGGGGCAGCAAGGCCGGUCGCUGGCAGAAGGUCCAGAGCCACAUGCAUGCCGGUGGCCUACGGUUUGGCAAUUUUGGGGACGCUUCCCUCUCGUCUGCUUCCACCCUGGAGCACAUCCCGUCCUCGGCCGUGGCGCGCCCUCGGCCUCUGGUCCGGCAGCAGAGCCUCCAACAGCCCCUCACUCACCAGCCCCCUCCGGGCCCAAACGACCCCCCAGUCACCUCACAGAGCCUGGGCCAGCUGCACACAGGCCCAGGCGGCGGGGGCCACCGUGGGGGCCCGCGCGGGGUCCGGGGGAGUCCGGCUGGAACCUCCCGGCACAGAGGAGCAGGGACAGGUCGAUCGAGGUCAAAUCCUGGCAGCUGGGAUCACAUGAUGGAGCAGAUCCGCCACAGAGGGCUGGACGUCAAGUCGUUCUUUGAGGGGAAGAUGGUUGUUCUAUCUCUAGCAAUCGGGCUGGCUGAACAGGAUGAUUUCGCCAACCUUCCAGAUCUCCAGGAAGCUCCAGCAAAUAUAGAGAACGAGACUACACCAGAAAAGAGGACUCCAGGUAACAAAGCAGGCAGCAGCCCCAGAGGUCAGACCCCAGAUGAGACUGGACGUCGCCAUGAUGCCAACUCCUCGGUUUCUGACUUGGCCAACUCCGUCACCAGUGACAUGCUCAUGUUGUCUCCAGGUUCGGAGGAUGACGACCACGAGGGUCAAGUGUGUGAGAAGCUGGGUCGUAUUCAGUUUAGCGUUGGAUACAGUUUUCAGGACUCCACCCUCACUGUCAAAGUUCUCAAGGGCCAGGAUUUGCCUGCUAAGGACUUUUCCGGCACCUCUGAUCCGUUUGUCAAACUCUACCUGCUGCCAGACAAGAAGCACAAACUGGAGACCAAAGUCAAGAGGAAGAAUCUCAACCCCCACUGGAAUGAGACCUUCCUGUUUGAAGGAUUCCCCUAUGAGAAGGUAGUUCAGAGGACUCUAUACCUGCAGGUUCUCGACUACGACCGCUUCAGCAGGAAUGACCCCAUUGGAGAGGUGUCCAUCCCCCUCAACAAACUGGACCUAGCCAACAUGCAGACUUUCUGGAAGGAGCUGAAUCCAUGUAGCGAUGGCAGCGGGAGUCGAGGGGAUCUGCUGGUGUCUCUGUGCUACAACCCCACAGCCAACACCAUCACUGUGAGCAUCAUUAAAGCACGCAACCUCAAAGCCAUGGACAUUGGAGGCACUUCUGACCCCUACGUAAAAGUGUGGUUGAUGCACAAGGACAAGCGUGUGGAGAAGAAGAAGACGGUGGUAAUGAAGCGCUGUCUAAACCCUGUUUUCAACGAGUCCUUCCCCUUUGACGUGCCUGCUCACGUGCUGAGAGAGACCACCAUAAUUAUCACGGUCAUGGACAAGGACAGACUCAGUCGCAAUGAUGUCAUUGGAAAGAUUUAUCUUUCAUGGAAGAGCGGCCCAGCAGAGGUAAAACACUGGAAAGACAUGAUGGGUCGUCCUCGUAAUCCUGUGUCCCAAUGGCAUGCUCUCAAGGCCUGAGGACCCAACGAUCAACCUGCCUACAGUAUUUUCCCCUCAGACUUCAGCAUCAGCCCCUGCCCUCAGCACAUAUCUCCCAUAUUUCCUAACUGCAGUGUUGGGCUGCAGCCAUUGUGUGUCUUUGUUCUAAGGCCUCUUUGAUAUCAUCUGCCCUCAGUCAUCCUUAAAAUUUCACCCUUGUCAAGUUCUGAUUCCCGCCUGACCCUUGUCUCAUCUCUUUUGUCAAAACUUAAAAAUGUCUUUGAUGUCUUUCCUCACUUCCUCCUUGUGACCUUUUUCAAUGAGACUUUGUUUUUUCUUCAAGAUUAUUCUCCUUCACCUUGUCAACCAUUUCCAGUGUUCAACAUCAGAGCAGUACCUCUUGCCACCCCUGAAUACAAACUACCAACCAAAAAUGUAUCAAACUAAUAUUCCAACAAUUCUCUGUGAAUGGCACUGACCUGUGCAACCCAUUUAUUCACCUGUAUCUGGUGUUGCAGUGAGGAAUCUUCCACUCUGCUCCUCGCCUCUUUGUUCAAGCCCUCUUCCGUUGUGUCACUAUUCCUGCAUACCUUUUUAAAUUGCCUGAUAAAUCAGGAAAACCGACACAGGCAAUGGAAGCGUGAUGGCUGUAUUUUAAAUGGAAUUGGACUCUGUCACUCAACUCAUCUUUUUCACUUUUCACCUUUUCUCUGGCACCAAUGUAAUAAUUCUUCCUUGGCUGGAACCCUUUGUUGUCUGUGCGUGCUGUGGGUGAUGUGCUGUAACCCCAAAUGAAGUUCUCCGACAAAAAAAGGAUAUGAACGUUUAACAAAGGUCCAAUAGGGCAAGUGUAAAAAAAAUAAAUGUUCCAAUUUUUUUACUUUUUUUAAAAAAAGAAAUCCCAAUGGACAGAAAAAAAUGAGUAAAGUGAUUAAUGUUGUGUUUUCUUUUUUCAAAAGAACUUACAGAAUCAACCUGUUCUUCCAGACACAGAAAAUAAGCAAAAAGCCAGCGUGUGUGCAUGUGCGCGUGUGUGCGUGUCUGUGCGUGUCAGUCUGUCUGUCUGUGUGUAAAUAGGGGAGUAUUUUGCACAGCUAAAUAAGACUGUAGACUACAGUAUAAGUAUAACAAAAUGUUGUAAACAGCUCUUGAUAAUGAUAAUGAAAAAAAGGUAUUGUUAGAAUUCGUGGUGUUGAAAUUAGCUGAAGACGUGGGGAGGUCACUGAUGUUAAAGGAUCAGUCCACCCAAAUCACAGACACAUAUACAAUAUUUUCUAACAUACUCCUAGUAGUAUUAAGCCAGGCAGAUAGUUUCAGAUGUAUACUGCUGCCACCCCAAAUACAAAGGAGAUAAAUAGGAUUUUUAUUGUGGUGCUCACUGCAUUCAGAAUGGAUUUUGAAAAAUUUCACUGCAGCUUGUCUCUCCAGAAACAAUGUUCUGGUUAAUCGGAUAAUCCACAAACCCCUCAAUGAAUGGCUUUACAUUGGGACUGGGAGAAAUCAGCGAAAGUUGCUGACAACAACAUCUAUCCUCAAAAAACAUUGAUUAUGAAACUUCCUACAUACCUCGAUAUCACUUGGGUUAAUUGGGCAAAAAAUGUUCUUGUUCUCAUGACAUAAAAACCUAACUCUUAUGUUUUUUUUUCAACCACAUCUCAUAGUUUUCCUCAGCAGAUGGAGUUUGCAGUUGAGUCCGAGAUGACCUGGUGGUAAACAGACAGCUCAACUCCCCACUUGCACACAGUGGCAUUGCACCAAUGCGCACCAAGGCCAAGAAAUCUGUGACGGCGCCAAAACACCCUGAGGAAAAUGAAAUUGUUGAAAGCUAGGACCGCACAGCACCUCACAACUGGUUAGUUUUGAUACAGUGCCACUUUGUGAAAGCCAGGAGAAAGACCUUGAGAUGCAAUCAAAAUGGAAAAGCUAGAAAGUGGACCUUUUAGUUUACAUUUAUUUUGCCAAACUACACCCAAUAAUUUGUGAUUUGGGUAAACUGACAAUUUAUGAAGAUGGGUAGUAAUAAUUACUAUGGUUACAGAUAGUAAUAUGUUAAGAAAUCAGAUGUAGCUGAAAUAAAUAAUAAAAUAAAAAACGCACUAUGCCUGUCACCCACAUUACAAUGUGUUUAUCCGCUGCAUAAAUGUGUGCAUUAAACCGGGAAUAGGCAUUACAGAACACUAUAAGUCUUUUCUGUUUUUCAUUUUUACAGAGCACUACGAGUCCAAGGAUAAUAUUAGACAUUAUUUUUAGUUUGUUUUUUGGAGGGGGGUUGAUCUAACAAGUCAGUCUUACAAUUGUUUGCUUCACUGCUUGAAUCUGACCUCCUCCAUGUCCCAUAUAGACAUUUAUGAAACAAAUGAGAGUAAUAAUAUCUGUCUUUUUACAUUCCACUGUUUGUGUAUGUGUGUGUGUGUGUGUGUGUGUGUGUGUGUGUGUGUGUGUGUGUGUGUGUGUCAAUAUUUGAACUUUAGUUAGUGUGACUGUAUUUCCUGUGAGACCCUCUGUGUGUGUAUAUAUAUCUGCACUGAGUUCUAUUUUGCCAGUUUAAUACAGAACAACAUUGUUUACUGUUUUUAUUCUGUAUGAAACAAUCCAGAUGUACAAAAAAAAUAUGUUUUUUUUAAAAGUUGUCACUUCUUUAAGAAUCACUGCACUUGUUGACAAUGAUGCUGGAACAAACCUCUCUUCAUAGCAGGGUUAUUUUCCUCGGGUGUGGUUCUAAAUGAUGUGACAUGAGCUGAGAGUGAAGGUCAAAUGGGAAAUGUCACAAACAAGCUUUACAACAGAUUGUUUUCUUUGACCAUUAUACAUCCUUUUUUUCCAUUUCAGAUGGAAGCAGCUUCCAACAUUUUGUUCUAUCCGUCCUUCUAAUCCGCUUCACCAAAAAAUGAAGGGUGGCACCUUAACAUCGACGCUGACGUGCCCCAAAACACCCCCGUCGUGCACACAUGCUUUCUGGCACAAAGUGUUCUGUGUGCCUUAUAAACCCUGCCACGCCUUUGCUCUUCACCAUAUGUGCUCCCACUCCUAGUGUCAGGGAUGGGGGGGGGAGGAAAGAAAGGUGAGACAGGAGAUAAUCAUCACCUCUUUGCAUCACUGUUAGCUACAUCUCAGGUCAGAGUUUUGGAGCAUCCCAAAAUAACCAGGAACACAGUCAUCAGUCUGUCCUGAUGGCCCUGUGUGUGAAACAAGGCGUUAUUUACAGUAUUUACAUUCCAAAAGCUUAGUGAAAGUCACUUUAUUAAUGCAACUUAAAUAUUGGUUGAAUAACAGUCAGGGUUUGGUGUAUUUUAGUUUUAAGAAAUCGAGCUAGAUUUUGUCAGUCUACACUCUUCACUGGCCAAAUACCAUAAACGUAGGUCGAUUUUACUGGUGAAGUCUGAUUUAGGGCAUUCUCUUGGGGGACAGCUUGAUACAAAGAGAGGUUAACCAGCAACAUUUUAAUUCAUGAACUGUACAAAUGAUUGUGAAGUGUCCUGUAUGAAAAAAAGAAAA